AUGGAGAAAUAUGGCGUAAAACAUAGGGUGGAAACACCUUAUCAUCCUCAGACAAGUGGGCAAGUUGAAGUAUCCAAUGGGGAGAUCAAGAGUAUUUUAGCUAAAACGGUGAAUGCAAAUAGGACUAAUUGGGCCCGCAAGCUCGAUGAUGCUCUAUGGGCAUACCAGACUGCUUUCAAGACUCUGAUUGGGACUUCACCCGUCAAGCUCAUUUUCGAAAAAGCUUGUCACUUGCCGGCAUAUGAGAGUGCAGCACUAUACAAAGAGAGUAUGAAACAAUAUCAUAAUAAGAAAAUCUUGAAGCAAGAAUUCUACAAGGGUGAUCCUAUCUUGCUGUUUAACUCUCGGUUAAAGUUGCUACCGGGCAAACUAAAGUCACGGUUGUCUGGUCCGUUUGAGGUGGUAGGUGUUUCACCCCAUGGGGCGAUUGAGUUGAAGUCUAUAGAUGGAACUCUGACAUUUAAGGUGAAUGGGCAAAGGGUGAAGCACUAUCAUGGGAUGGUUGAAGGGGAUAAAAUUGUUGACCGAUACCAGUUGAAGCACCUCGGCACGAACGCUGACCCUGUGUUCGCUGAUAAGGAGUGA